GAAAGCUACAGCACGCCGUAAAUAUUCCUCCUAGCGAGGUACACCUAAGUAUUAUUUGUCGUGGCGAGGAUACGCGCGUUAAAAGGCGAAGAAAAAGGACGUGAGCGUGGCUCAAGAUGGCCCAGGGAGACACGGAGGAUGGACCCCUGAUUCGGCCCGUCAAUGCCGUAUCGACGAGAACGUUGAUCGCCCUAUGCACCGGCGGCGCCUUCCUGGUUUGCGCCGUCGCGAUGACCUGGUGGCUCUGUCGACGACGACGCGAACACACCAAGUUGAACGCGGACAGAUCCUUGGCUUUCAGACCACCCCAUAGAAAGCCGACCGCAGUAAAGAGUCCUGGCAGUACGAGUCAUUAUUUGAAAAAGAGUCCGAGUCCUACCGGUCCUGCUAAAAAUCCACCCGGGUCUACUGGUGGACAGCAGCAACAGACCUCUUCCAGUCCUGCCGGCGGAUCGACCAAUACCAUCUCGGACUUGGCCACGCCGCAAACAAUCGUUAAGAACAAUAAUCCUAAUUACGAUGUAUCGCGUUGCGAGAAAGCUGGUACACCGGUUGAAACAUUCAGCACCGAGGUUACGCUCACCAUCGAGGACGAAUGCGACAAAGCCGAAUUGGAGAAUAACGAGAAAGUGAAAUGCGAGUCAAAUUUGUGCAUGUCAGAUAAGAAGAACGGUCUUGGUAUAUUGGUAUUUAAAUUGAGAUACAAGAGCGAACAAAAUGCAUUGGCAGUUACGGUCGUUAAAUGUAAGAAAUUACCAGCUAGGGAUCAAGGAAACGCUAGCAGCGAUCCUUACGUUAAAUUGCAGCUAUUGCCGGGCAAACGACAUCACGUGAAAACAAGAGUCCUUCGUAAUACGAGAAAUCCCGUUUACAACGAGGAUUUCACGUUCUUCGGGAUCACGAAAAGUCAACUCGAGGAAAUCAGUCUACAUUUCGUCGUUCUAAGUUUCGACAGAUACUCGCGCGACGAAAUUAUCGGCGAACUAACGUGCGCACUUUCCUCGAUACCAGGAUUAAAAGAUUCCGAUAAUCAAGAAAUAUCCCUGCGCCGAAACAUCUGUCCGAGGAGUUUGAAGAUACAAUCCCAAGGGAGAGGGGAACUGUUGGUAUCGUUCUGCUGGCAGUCGCAAACGAAUCAAUUAUCGGUGAUCAUCUUGAAAGCACGAGAUCUCCCUAAAAUGGAUGUGACGGGUCUUGUCGAUCCUUACGUUAAAAUUUAUCUAUUUUAUGAAUCGAAGCGUAUCUCGAAAAGGAAGACCCACGUGAAAAAGCGUACGUUAAGUCCUGUAUUCAACGAGCCCUUCGUAUUCGAUAUACCCAAAAAUAGCCACAGUUUAAGCAACGUCAGUCUCGAAAUUAUUCUUUACGCUUGGGAUAAAUUUACCAAAAGCGAGGUUAUUGGCAGAUUAAAAUUCGGUGGUUCCAAAGGCCAAGGAUCCGCGUUGAAUCAUUGGAACAACAUUUGCAGAUCUCCGCAGCGGCAGUUUGCGGAAUGGCACAAAUUAAGGGAAUAAUCUCUUCCUCGUCCUAUCCCGCCCCCGCCCCCCACUCUCAGCCCAUUCCCUAUCUAUCCUUUUACAAUUCUUUCUUCGAUUUCUUCGAAGGACAAACAUUUCGAUAACAACGGGAAUAACCGCAUAAGAAAUUCCUUCGAAGAAAUGAAAUGUAUGCCGAUAUGCCGAUAUGCUUAAAACCAUGCUGCUCUGCACGAUUAUUUCAACCGAGUUUAAAUAUCUAUCUUUUUUACAUCACAUUAUUCUUUUUCCACAAUACUUCAAUCGGUCAAAGGAUCCAAAUAAACACGUUGACCGCCACCGACAAUUAUGCAUUAUCUGGAUUAUUGAACGAAUUUAAAACAUCAUUCCUAAUUAGAGAUUACUUUCAAAUGAAAAAUACAUUUUAUUUACCACAUUUAUGAUUCCGCGUGGCGUUCGACGUGUUUUAAAUGAGGAUUAAAUCAAAUGGAAACGAAAAUAAAAGGAAAAUCGUUAAAUUCGUUCUUUCCUAGCAGCUGCACAAUUGUAAACUUUAGAAGAUUCAUAAAAAACAUAUCGCUCUCAUUUUUGUCUCUCGACCGUUAUCGUUCCUCUGCAAAAUAUGUUAGAACGAAUAUAUAAUAUAUUAUUUAUAAUUAAUCGAAUGAGAUUUAAACGAAGCAUGAUAAGAAUAUAUAUAAUAAGGUAAGAAACACGAGAGAUCCAGUUAUGUUUCUGUAUCAGAGGCGGAACUGCAAAUGUUCGCGACCCGCAAAAGUAUCAUUUCGCAAAACCGAGUAAAAGGAUAAACAACUUAUAUUAUAUUAAUAUCGGUUAAAAUGUCUAAUUUGUCUGUUGCUUUUUAAAAGAAUGGGGACAAUUCUAGAAAUUCAAUAAACGAGAGAAGGAACUACCUCUGUUUCUUUUUGUCUGGGUCCUGCGGCAUUGCGGUUCCGCCCCUGUUCUGUAUAUGCGUAGACAAAAAAAAAAAAAGAAAAGAAAAAAAAAAA